AUGCCUCAACAUCUUACCGACCUUCCUUCGGUCAUCCAAUACACUGACGACCUCAUCAAGGUUAGAGAUCUACAGAUGACCCUGGAUAGGAACGCAGAUGCUUGUAAUGGGUUUUAUAAAGAUGUUUUGGGGGCGUUGAACAAGGAUCUGAGAGAGACGUUUGACGGCAUGAAGGAUUUGGAGGUGCCCGCCGAAGCAGCUUGGGCCAGUGUCGUCAGAGGUAGCCUUCUCCUCCAACGCGAGUCGCACCAAUUCUAUAACAAUCUCGCCCUCAGAUCCAAACUCCCCACCACCCUCUCUUCCCAAGACGACGAAGAAAGUAUUCUUUCUCUAGCUGGGCACUGGCACAAAAUGCGAGAGUUGGCGCACGGCGUGAGUGUCUGGAAGGGGAAAGUGUUGGAUUCGAUCAACGCUGGUCUUUCUGAUAUCGAUCCUCAUACAUCUUGGCAAACGUUUGUGUUGAAUGGGAACAGACUCAAUAGCUUGCAACCUCAAAUCGUCAAAGAACUACCAGAAGGGAGCAUGGACGCUGAGACUGGUCUGCCGGUGGGCCCUAAGGCUUACUGGCAAGUCGAGAUGUUUUCCAUAGCCGACGUUUCGGGAGAAGAAGGAACACGACAUAUCGAACCUCACGUCACAUUCACCACCCACCCCAACUCAUUUGCUCUCCCCGAGUACCCCACCUUCUCCCACGCAAAGUGGUUCAACAACGGCCCAAUACCGAAUGGCGCUACAUCCUGCCAAGAGGACACCGGUAAACCUGGAUCGCUGUAUAUUUAUACGACAGGGCGGGAUAUAUCGCUUGCAAUGCAGUAUUCUGAUGUCUUGGCGGAUCUGGCCUGGGAUUGGGAUGGUCGAGCGUUUGAGCCUACUCAACUUGAUGUUUUGCGAGACCUCGCUGAUGAAGAAGGCAUACUGGAAGAAGCGAAAGGGCCGAUCUAUAAUGUCAUCAAAAAUUUAUGGUCUAGAGUCGAGGACGCCCAUCGGGAGGACCGACACGAGGGGACAGAACGCAUCAGAUCGUCUCUCCAAGACAUGAGCGAGAUAUCUCAAGACCUCGCUCAAAGAUGGCUCCACACUGCUCAGUUGGUGAAUACUUUGGACAUCAUGCAGUCUCGCAGGGCCAUACUGGACAGGCAAAUGUUUAUGGCUGAAUCUGAAGGCGCUUCUUUGGAGAUCAGCUCUCAGCUUAACAACGUCGACGAAGAGAUCACAAAACGAAGACCCGCUGUAAAGGAGUCCAAAAAGAGUCUGAGGCAGGCGUUUGCCGAAUACGGGUUGUUACCCAUACCGAACGAUGUGGAAAGUCUUAUAAGUGCUCUGAGAUCCCAAGACGGGAAGGAUAGUAUCGAGAUAGUAGAUCAGAUGGGAGAGGAGCGAGACGAUCAGCCUCCUGUGGAAGAAGACGAUAUACACGCCAUUCUAGAAGCCAGUCGCCUCUAUAGGCCUAGUGGUCAGUACAUGGGUCGAAGCGUCUUUGAUACUCCCAUAUGGAGUGAUUUUAAGAUUAUAGAUGAGAACACUUUUCAGUCUACCCGCGCCGACGGGUACAUUGAUCAUACGACCUUUGUCAUCGCUCCUCCUGCCGAGCUUGAGCUUGCAAGAGAGAUUAAGAGCGGUGAAGAAUGCCUAUCUGGAUACUCUUCAGCGGAUACAUGA